CCUCCUCACCUGACAUGGGAGCGCGCUGCCGCUGAGCUCAGCUGACCGAGAAACCAGGCGCCGACGAGAUCGCCUGCUUGAGUUUCUUGGGCUCAUGGUUGCGGCGGCGGCGGCGGGUGGUGGUGCUGGGUUGCGGAUGGUGCAGGCGGGGCUGCCGAUAGGGUUCCGGUUCCGCCCCACCGACGAGGAGCUGCUGCUGCACUACCUCCGCCGGAAGGUGCUCGGCUGCCCGCUCCCCGCCGACGUCAUCCCCGUCGCCGACCUCGCUCGUCUCCGUCCAUGGGACCUGCCAGGCGAUGGCGACGGUGAGAGGUACUUCUUCCACCUGCCGGCGACGAGCUGCUGGCGCAGGGGCGGCGGCGGGAGCAGGGCGGCCGGCGACGGCGUGUGGAGGGCGUCCGGGAAGGAGACGCUCGUCGUCGCGCCUCGCUGCAAGCGGCCCGUCGGCGCCAAGCGCACGCUCGUCUUCUUCCACCGCGGCGGCGCCCGCUCCGACUGGGCCAUGCACGAGUACCGCCUCCUCCCCGCCGCCACCAACCCACCGCCGCCGCACCAUAUGAGCGGCCGCACGCCGGAGCCCAGCGGCUGGGUGGUCUGCCGCAUAUUCAAGAGGCCCACGCCGGCUCACCGCCGCUCUCCGCCGCGCAUCCGGGCCGCCACGGCACGCCGGAGAUCAGCCGACGACAUGCCGUCCUCGCCGUCGUCCUGCGUAACCGAGGCCCGCGAGAACGGCGGCGAGGAGGAAGAAGAGAGCAGCAGCUACAGCGCCGCUUCUAAUUUUCCAUGAAGAGAGGUGUUAGCGUUGACUAGGCCAUUAAUCACCAUGGUUUUCAUGCCCUAAUGAGCUCCCAAUCUUUGUUCUUCUAAUGUCUUUAACUAAGUAGCAACUCCUAGCAAAGAGAGAAACAGAUCGAGCUCAAACAAAAAGAAGAUCGCAUCUUUGUUUGAGCUCACUGCGAAUCCAGACUACAGAGUGUUGUUUUACUACCGGAAGAUAAUCGAUUGUCCCUGUCAUUUCAUCUCC